AUGUCAUCGAAUGGAAUGACAAUGAGAAGAGAUCACAGUACAAUAAGCAGUUCCAACGAAAAGAGCAGCUCGGAUGAUUCACGUGAAAAAUUGGUUAUUGGCUUAACGGCUAAGCAGCUCGAAAUAGCUCGGCAAACGAGAUUCUGGAAAACCUGGAGGAUCGCUGUGUUGGUACUGUUUUGGCUGCUUUGGGCAGGAAUGGUGACUGGUGCAGUGCUUAUCAUCGUUCUCAAGAAUGGAGAUGUGCCCAAAACUACAACUGUGGUAAUUACAGAGACAUCCACGCAUAAAUAA